AUGAGGGCCGGAGAGCUGAUUAUCCAUUUGAAAGGAGCCAAGGGCAUCAAAGGACACGAGUUCAUGGGUCUAGGCCGAGCUAACAUGUACGCCGCUUUUUGCAUCGGGGGAGAGAAUCGAAAGAGCAACGUGGUCCGUAAUGGAGGCUCGAAUCCGCAGUGGAACGAGCAGGUCAGCUUCAAGAUUGCAGAGUAUGUGAACUUCGCAAUGUACGACUGGCUGCACAUCAGUCUGUACCAGCCACAUGAUAUCAAGAGAAACAGUCCUCGAGGGACGGUGAAGAUCAAUGUGGAGAAACUGCUGGAGGUGCACCGGAAUGAAGUGCCCAUUCAGAGCUACCCUGUAGCUUACAAGGGAAAGCAGCGAGGCAUGGUGGAGCUCGCUCUGUCAUUCAUUCCAUCUCGCAGAGAGAUCCUCCUGACUUGA